CCUGAGGAUAGAAGAGAAAUAGACCGUCUGACACGUGUACUACAAGAAAGGGAAAGGGAACUAGAGGAGGAGAAAAGAGAAAAGGAACAAGUUAGAAACAGACUACAACAACAACUUCAAGGAAGAGAACAACAACUUCAACAAGCACAGCAACAAGGACAAGAAAGAGAGAGGGAAAUUCAACAGGCGAGGGAAAGAGAGAGGCAAGCCAGAGAACAAGUCCAGGGUCUUCAACAACAACUUCAAGAAAAGGAGAGGCAACUUCAACAAGCACAGCAGCAACUUCAAUCAAGAGAGAGAGAAUCUCAAGAAAGAGAGCGACAGCUUCAAAGGCAAGUAGAAGGUGGCCAGCAAAGAGAACAGGAUCUUCAACGACAGCUUCAACAAGCUCAGCAGCAACUAAGAGAGAGAGAUAGAGAAGAGAGAGAGUCUUCCUGGGUAGUUAGCAGAAAUGAUAUUAGAAUGACAGAAAGGAUUCUAGGGAGAGGAGGAUGGGGAGAGGUCAGAGUAGCUCGUUUCCAUGGACUGGAAGUUGCUGCAAAGGUACUUCACGAGACCAUCAUAUCAGAAUAUAACGUGUCACUGUUCUCUCGUGAAAUGAAUAUUGCUUCUAAAAUACGUCAUCCUAACCUCCUUCAGUUCAUAGGAGCGACUACAGAGGGUAAUCCAAUCAUCCUGACAGAGCUAAUGCCGACGAGCCUAAGAAAGGAAUUAGAGAUUGGAGGAGUGACCUAUCCUGCGAUACUGAGCAUCAGUUUAGAUGUAGCCUGUGCUCUCAAUUACCUUCAUCUCUUCAAGCCUCAUCCUAUACUACAUAGAGAUGUCAGCAGUGCUAAUGUACUCCUUCAACCAAUGUUAGGAGUAUGGAGGGCUAAAGUAUCUGAUUACGGAUCAGCUAAUCUUCAGCCUCUGAUUGGUAGGACGACUAAUCCUGGUAAUCCUGUCUAUUCAGCACCUGAAGCAGGGAUCCAAGGGAACUAUCAACCAGGGAAGAGGAGAGAACACUCUAGGAGACUACCUUAUGUUGGCUCUGAGAAUGUUAACAGGAGACGUGGUGAUGCUGAAGCUGAGCCGCUAGAGACUACGGCUAGUAAGAAUAUGAGAGCUCACAAGCCAAAAGCAGUUUUAGGUCUUAACCUGAAAGGAGUAUCACUUUAUGAUGAGAGAUCAAAGUCUAUAACUCGUGUCCCAGUGGAUAAGGUUACUUAUGUAACUCAUGAUCCUGAGGAUCAGUGCUACUUUGGAGUUAUCAUUCAAACUAAGGAGUCCCACACUGGAUUCAGACUCUACUGCUUCAAAGCUGAGAGACCAAUAGCUGUCACAUUUGUCAAUUCAUCUCGUGAGUUAUUUGAUCUUAUCAUGAAGUUACGUCAAUCUGCCCCUGCUCCAGCCCCUACUGCUCAGUCAGAGUACAUGAUAAUACCACCACCAGCCCCAACAGGAGGAGCACGUACCCGCCCCCAGCCGGGGGUACAACCCCCUCCCCCCUCUCAUCCUCCCCCUCCAGCCAACCCCCCUCCCUCCUCAAGCGGGUUUGAUGAUUUAUCUGACGUCUUCUCAGGCAGUGGAGCUCUUACUAGUCUGUACGGGAAUCAGCCUCAAGCCCCGCCUACAUUUAACCCAACCCCCACAACCAAACCCAUUUGGUAUGGCCGGCCAGCCCCCUCCCCCUAA